UUGCCGUUUACCCAGGUACGCAAUAUUGGGAAGAAACUUAUUUUGGACGUGUAUGCCAAUGGAAAAAGAGGUGUCGUGUUCAAGAUCGUCAGCGAUGAAGAACGAAUACACCAGCAUCCACUGCUAAGCUACGUACUCGACGAAAUGGCGGCUAUUAACUCAAUACAAGCUAGGAGGAAUUCCGGGAACAGUCAAUCAUCUACGCCAAGUAAAUCAUCAAGCACCAAAUCAGUUCGUAUUUCGGACGAUUUGCCGAAACGAAAUCAAGAUACUCAAUCUUUAUGCCGACAUUGCGGAGCUGCCAUUGAACCGCCUGAUGGCAAUGGCUUGGAGAAGAAACACUACCGAAUGAAAUGCCCUCUAUUUAUGAGAUGUGGUGGAUGCGAUGAAGUAGUUAUGGUUAGCUCUCUAGCAAAUCAUAGAAGAAACGACUGCCGUGCUCGUGAUAACUACCGAACAUGUUCUCGUUGUGGAGAAUCGUUCGAGAGGUCCGUGUUCCAUCGACACGUGGGUAGUAGAGAUUGUCGUCGGACGUACGCAGCAAAAUGUCCACUGUGUGCUGAGCUCGUAAUACCAGAAAGCGAGGAAUCGUGGAGGAAACACCUUACAAGUAAGGCUCCAUUAGUACUACUAUGA